AUGCAUAGAGCGCGUAAAAAUAAGUGGGAUUAUUCUUCAGAUAAGGAUAAUGGAUCUUGCAUGAAUAAGCUAAAUUCAAUGUGUCGUCUUCUGCAAACGACUGCGCAUGCAGGUCUUGGGAAAUCAACUCUAGAAACAGUCUUUGAUCCAAAGAAUUCUUGUAUCGCCUACAAAAAUUCUCUGAAAUAUCAAGAACCUUGCAAGCGGCUUGUGCUUUAUUACCAUGACAUCUUGUUUGAUGGAAAAGAUGUAGCUAAUUCAACAUCUGCAAGAAUCACAAAUGCGACUAAGCUUGGGGACUACAUAUUUGGUAUGAUGGCUAUUUUUGAUGAUCCUGUGACCAAAGACAGGAACCUUCUUUCUCCUCCAGUUGCACGAGCACAAGGGUUCUAUUUCUAUGAUAAGAAAACAGCUUAUAAUGCCUGGUUUACCUUCACCUUGGUCUUUAAUUCCACUGAGCAUAAAGGUACUCUCAACAUCAUGGGUGCUGACAUGAUGAAUGAAGAGGUUAGGGAUCUUACAGUUGUUGGAGGGACAGGAGAUUUUUUCCUGUCUAGAGGGAUUGCCACUAUCCACACCGAUGCCACAGAAGGCAUCAAAUAUUUUCGCCUUAAGAUGGAUAUUAAGUUGUACGAAUGCCAUUAG